UGCACUGCAUACGCGCCGUGGCGGAGAGUGAAGAUGGCGGAGAAUAAUGUCGAUCCAGAGCACGAAUGGAGCGACCGGGCCCUGGACACGGCCGAGGACACCCUGGUUGCAAUCGAAACCCUGUUGGCCACGCUAAGAGCCUUUGAAGACGUACUCAGGCAGCAAGAAAUAUCCAUAGCAUCCUCGACCGAGUACUGCGACAACUUCUGUCAGGCGUUAAUGCACUAUGCUGGGAGCAGGAACUCCAUGGAUCAUGGUCUACCUCUUCUGGAGGUUUACUGCCUGUCCAUAAACUGCUUUGCUGCGGCCCGGUCCCACCUCACCGCAGAGUCUGAUAGAGUGGCACUUGUUUUGAAGAGACUAGCUUUGAGCUGCUUUGAGUUGCUGCUGUCUGUGCCUGAAAAUGAAAUCCCAUAUGAAGCCUGGGUUCAGUUCCACCACUCUGUUCAGAUUGCCCAUGAUAAUUUGUUAGAGUAUGGAAGCACAGACCUCCAAGCUCUUCUCCAGAUCACAGGAGAGGGAGGGGCAUGGAGUAAUCCUGUCCUCACGUCUCUCCUCACUGGCCAACCCACCAACUCAGAAGAAGUUGAUGCAUACAUCAGCUUGGAGGGCGAGGGCUUCAUGGAGAUGCGGGUGAAGCACCUGGAGAAGAUGGGCGAGGUGGCCAAGGCAGUGGUUCUGGCCAAAGCUUGCACUGAAUGCAGCUUUAUUUCAAACCAAGCUACUUUUCGUCAAACAUACGUCUCUCUGCUUUGUCAUCUGCUGCCCAAUGAAGAAGCCAUCAUAGAGAUAUCCAGACUUGACUGUAAGGAUGUACUGGAGAUCACAUGUAAUUUGGAGACAGAGGGCGAGGAGAAUACAGCCUUUAUCUUGUGUACAACUUUCCUCACACAGCAGCUACAGCAGCAGAGCCUUUACUGCUCCUGGGAGUUGACUCUGGUGUGGAGCAAACUUCAGAGGAGGAUUGACCCCUCUCUGUUGUCAUUUCUUGAACGAUGCCUUCAGCUGGGUGCCAUCGCUAAAACAGUCUACCAUUUGCUUUAUCUAGUCCGAGUCAUUCAGACAGAGGCAGAGGAAUUGGGUGUAGCUCCAUCAGUGGAACUCUGUGUGAAAGCUCUACAACUUCCAAAGCAGGAUGACUCGGACACAAGAAUUUCUGUCUGCAAGACAGUAUCCUGCCUUCUGUCAGAUGACCUGGAAGUCUUGCGUGCCUGCCUACUCACAGAGUUCCUCCUUGGACCCAGUCAGGAGGUCUUCAGCUGCCUUGAGGAGCUGUAUUUGCGCCCAGACCACAAGUAUGACGAGGAAAGCGAGGUUAUUCCUAACUCACUACGUUGUGAGUUGCUGUUAGUGCUGAAAUCCUACUGGCCUUUUGACCCUGAAUUCUGGGAUUGGAAAACUCUGAAGCAUCACUGUAUCUCCCUUCUAGGGUUGAAACCAGAGUCUGAAGGAGAAGAUGAGGAGAUAGUAGAUGCACAGGAGAAGGCUAAACAUGAGCCAUUAGAAAACACAGUGAAACUAGACCAUGAGCCCCAAAAGAGGUUUAAUGGAAGUCGUGAGAGUAAUGAGCAGGAGGACAAAAAGGGCUCUAGUAAUGUAGCAGAAGUUCAAGCAGAAUCUGAGACAAAGAGGCUUAAAUUCAGCUGUCAGAUCUGUAAGAGGUCUGUCAGUGACUCUCAACUUGUUCACCAUUCCAAAAGACAUGCAGAGGACAGCAUCCAUCCAUGCCCUGUCUGCUUGGAGAGAUUUAAGAGCAGAAAGGAUCUUGUCUCCCACUUGAAACAGCACAUUCAGAAGGAAGGACAGUCAGACAAAAAAAAUGUAAAAGCAGAGGAUUUGCAGAAACAGAUUGAUGAGGAUGAUGAUAUUGAACCAGGAGAGAUCACCAUUGACCCUUCUUUAAUGCUGUAUUACAAAUCCACACAUGACCCGGAUGUACUCCAUCACAUUGUUCAACAAGCCAAAACUGGCAAAAUGAAGCGUGCUGAUGAUGAUGAGCAUGUAACAUUUGAUUACAUUGACCGUCACUUCAAUCUGCAAAACAGGGAUGACUAUCCAUGCCCUGGAACUGGUUGCACCAGGACUUUUAAACACUCUAAGUACUUAUAUGUCCACUUGAAGUCAGAGCACAAAGGUGAUGACAAUGUAAAAUACUUUCAUCAAAUGAGGGACAAGCGGGAGAAGUGUAUUUUUUGUAGACGCCAUUUCGUCUCAGCCUACCACCAUCGCAAACACCGUAGAGUUCACUAUGGUGAUUAUCCUUACAUGUGUGUGGUUAUAGGAUGUGGUGCUCAGUUUGCUACUUCCAAUGAACUUGUAACACACAAACAGACACAUGGUUAUCAGCUCAACUACCAGUGUGAACUCGAUGGCUGUUAUGUCACUUACUCUGACUUGGGACAGAUUUAUCACCAUGAAGCACAACACUUCAGAGAUGCAGCUUUUACCUGCUCUGGACCUGAAUGUAAAAAAUACUAUUUCUCCAAAAAAGAAUUCAUAGAGCAUUUAUCAACACACAACAUAACCUUCACUGAAGAAGACUUUGAAGCUCAGAGGAAGGCCAAACGGAAACUUCUGAAGACUGUUAGAGAAGUGCCAGCAGUUCAAAAUAAGUCUGGUGACUCAGAGCAGAUUCUGAAUGGUGAAGUCAUUAAUUCUUCAUCUGUGAGUUCCAUAUCACAUACGCCAGUAUCUGAAUACAAGGAAGCCAAAAGUACCUUGGUGGCUGUGUGUUUUGAUGGAAGUAAGUUCACUUGUGGGUUUGAAAAGUGUGGUAUGACGUUUACCAGAGCCAGAGAUGUCCAGAGGCAUCUGAAAUGUGCCCACCCAGAACACCUUAAACUGGAAAACAAAGAACACAAACAUGACAAGGAACACAAACACGACAAGGAGCGAGGAUCAAAGUCAAAAGGGAUAAAGACUGAAAGUGAGGGAGGCACCGAGGAUAAGGGAAAAAACGAAACGGCUCCUCUUUCGUCUGUGGAGGCUGGAAAAGAAAGAAAAGCAUCUAGUCAUCCCAAAAACAGUGAGACAACCUCGUCAACUGCUGCAAAAAAUGAUGGUUUGAAAGAAAUUCUUAUAGGGCUCAGUAAGCUGAACCUCAGUUCUUCUGAGUCAAGUGAGCCCCCUGACCCCAUCCCAGAAUCUAAUGCAUCUCAAAUAGCUCUCCACCAAGCAAUCAUGGAAAAGCCGCCUGUUGUAUUACUUCAGAAGAGAGUUCCACAUCAACAUGAAGAAAAGGUGAACCUCGGACUCGAACAAACAUCGUCGACUGAUGACGAAGGGCAUUGUCUGGAAUCACUCGCCACUGCCAAGCCUUAUAUCUGUGAGAUGAAGGGCUGCGGAUUCAGGACUGCACAGAGUUUCAGCUUACUGCGCCACUACAACACCAAACAUGGCCGUACAGUCGAACAGGCUAGAAAACUGACUUCUUUGAAAACCACAUCGUUUAAGCCUUACGUGUGCCAGCUCUGCUCCAAGAGUCACAGACAGAAAAAUGUGUUGAGGGCUCACUAUAUUCAAAUACAUAACCUAAGUGAGGCAUUAGUGGACAAAAUAAGCUGUGCAUCCGUACGGCAUGAGGGAAACAAAGCCACAGACGCUGCAAAGGAUACUUCUCAGCACUUGACAAACCAUUCUCUCAAACCGAAGAAGAAAGAAACCCCCAAGACUCCACCACCUGCGAGAGAAAAUGGACAAAACUCUGACAAUCAUUCUCUGUCUGAAGAGGAAGGAGAGGACGAAGCAGUGGCAACAACAGAAGAAAAAAAGGAGGAAAAGGGAGAAACUGAGGAUGGGACCACACAGCAGGUUAGAACCACAAGACGCCUGGUAGCCAAAAGUAAUCUCUGCUAUAUUCUGGAUAAAUUCAGUAAACCUUUUCAUUGUGUAGCAAAAAACUGUGAUGCCGCUUUUUCCACCCAGGGAGGCCUUGUGCGCCACCUACAGUUGGUACAUCAUUACAACCGCUCGCAGCUUUUGUUGGAACAAGACUUUGAUGUGCUUCACGGUCCAGAAGUCAGAAAAGAACCUGCCAAGAAAAGACAUCCCCCAAACUCAGAUGAACCUCAGCCCCAGUUCAAAUGUCACUUCGCCAACUGUCCCGCUGUCUACCACCUUAAAAGCAGCUUAGUGCGCCACACCCGCGAUAUCCACUCGCAGCCACCAGAAUUAAUAAGGUGCAAGUUUGAGGGUUGUGCAAAAGUUUUCAGUCAUGACGAUGCACUUAAAAAACAUGUACUGUAUAGCCACUGUGAGUACUAUGAUUCACUAGUGGUACGUCUACAGAGCACUCAUAAGAAGUCAAUUACUGGAUGCCAAAAGAAGCUUAUAGUUACUCCACAGAGUCCACUGAAAGAAGAACCUGGAUCACCAAAUACACAGAGUAUGAGGUCAAGUCCCAAGCCUGAGGUGAUGGCCCAGUCACUGGAAAUAAGCAAGAAGGAGCCUGAGGAUACCAAAUUGGCAGAAGAAAAAAAAAACAAAAAAUGUCCCUAUGAACUUUUUGUGUUCAGGUCACAUGAAGAGGCAUUACAAAUGUGCCAAGAUCGCUGUUUGCGCGUGGCCUAUCCAUGUAUGGUCCAGGACUGUGAUUCAGUGGUCACAUACCUCAAGAGCUUGCACCGUCACUACUUAAAUGUUCAUCGCAUGCGUCGGGAAGAUCUUUGUGAGAAUGAAGAUAAGCUUGUUUUUAAUGCUGAGCAGCUGGAGGAGCUUAUUCAGAGGAAGUCGGCUAGGCCCACUGGUGCAUGUAGUCCUAAUGGAGUUCUCAAAAUGGAGUAUCAGGCAGAGCUGGAAAACACAGGGGGGCAGCCUACACCCAUGAGCCUUCAUACUAUCAAGUCAGAAACACCAGAUGAGGAUAACCAUAACCCACUGGGAUUCCCAGAGGAGGAAGAGCAGGAGCAGCCACCUGUUGAGAGAACUGGAGUUCUUGUGGGAGCAGAUGAGGUGUUGUAUGGUGAACCGAGCACCGGAAGACCCGCUGAAGAUUCAGCUGUUGUAAUACAGGAGGAGAGGUUAAGCUUGGAAAAAAUCAAACCUCUUCUGCGUCCUCUUACUGUUGAUCUUUCACCCCCAUGCUCACUGCGCUUAACUGCCGAGGAGGGUUUUCAGGACAACAAAGAUGGCGUUAAAAUGUUGAACGGGUCGGCCCCUUUGCCCACUCCUCCUGUCCGCCAGCCCCUGAAGCGAAAAAACGAACUGCCCGAACAGCCGUCAAACUUGAUGGACACUCAGCCUCACAGCCCCUCUCCGCGCUCUUUUGACAUUGCUGCUUACAAGCCCAUAGGCUUCGAGUCCUCCUUUCUGAAGUUCAUACAAGACAGCUCCCCAAAAGAAAACAACGGACCCUGCGCAAAACGGCGGGAUUCUUUCAGACGCAGUUGUUCUGUCAAGGAGAACAACCAGUUGGGAAUCUCACACACUCGCAGCCGACGCACUCAUUCCCCACUGCUGAAGCCCCAUGCGAUGACGGGGGACUUCACAUCAAUACAAAACUUGAAGUCCAUCCUGGACGAAGCUCUGGCUGGGUGUGGGGACCUGGCCAUUAAGCAGCUGCAGUACCUCAGACCUGUUGUGGUCCUGGGCAGACCCGUGUGCACCACCACCACCCUGCCAGACCUAUUCCCAACAGACACCAACAACAGCAAACUGCUUCUCGGAAGUUAGUUUAUCCAAGCACCUUCUUACAUGGCUUUGGCAAAUGACUUUGUAUUUUCACAAGCUGUGUACCAGUAUUUUUCUUUUUCCAAAAAUGAUAGUAUUGUUUUGCAGUUUGUUUUUUUUAUUUUGCCAAACUGAUGAAUUAUAUUAGCAUAGAAUACAAGCAAGCUUAAAAAGCGCACACUCAAGUUAAUUGUUUCUUAGACAUCUAUCUACAUUAAGAUAACACUUAAGUCAUGAUCACUAGUGUAUAUACUGUAGUUUCUGCGGUAAAUGUACAGAUUUUCAGAUUGUUAGAAAUGGUCAGUAGCGUAUUGCAAAGCCUUUCACUUAAGUGAAAAUGUGACUGAAAACAUUUCCUUCCUCCAAAGUUCUUUAGGAAUAUGUUUGGUUAUUUUUCACCUCAGUUUAUAUUCUGUCAGUGUUGGGGUGCAGUGGACAGAUGUUGGCAGAUAUGUAUGUAACACUUUCUAAUAAAAUAAAUGUGGUAACAAAUAUAAAGGCCUUUACAUUCUGAA